UCUAAAACUCGGCAUCGGAAUAUUGCGGGUUUUCAUGGUUUUUGCUCUACUGAUAAAUUCAGUUUUCUUGCAUAUGAAUAUAUGGAGAGAGGAAGCCUAGGUGCCACUCUAAGAUCUGAGAGAGGAGCAAUGGAGUUGGAUUGGAUCAAGAGAGUUAAUAUUGUACGGGACAUUGCUCAUGCUUUAUCUUACUUACAUCAUGAUUGUAAUCCACCUAUCGUUCAUAGAGACAUAACAAGCAACAAUAUUCUUUUGGAUAAAGAGUGCAAGGCUUGUGUUGCAGACUUUGGUAUUUCUCAACUGUUAAAAUCUAAUUCAUCACAUUGGAGUUUGCUUGCGGGCACAUAUGGGUACAUGGCACCAGAGCUUGCUUAUACCAUGAGAGUGACUAAAAAAUGUGAUGUAUAUAGUUUCGGAAUUGUAGCACUUGAAGUGAUAUGUGGAAUGCAUCAUGGGGAUCUCCUAAGCAACUUAUCAUUGAGUAUGCUAGUGAGAGAUAUGCUUGAUCCACGUCUUCCCCUUCCCUUUCCCCUUCUUCCCCUUCAUAUAGCUGAUCAAGUGAUCAUGAACCAAGUUCUUUUUGUGAUUUUAAUGGCAAUGCAUUGCAUCAACACUGAUCCACAGGUUCGCCCUACAAUGCAACAAGUAUAGGAAAGAUUGUUUUCUCCAAAGUCUUGGCCAACAUUUGACAUCUUCUCUUUUCAAGCACUUACCCUUCAUCACCUCAUAAACAUUGUGCAAACACAUAUUGAUGAUCAAGUGCUUGAAUAAUGAGAACUUAGGUAUGAUUAAGUUUCUUUAAUUAAAUACAUAUCUUGAUUAAUAUCC